AUGCCAAUCAAUCCUGAAGACCUGUUGGCAAGAUUACAACUAAAUGAUGAUGACUUGAGAGACAUCGAAACGACUUUCAAAGAUGGUAAAGAGGACCUGUCGGAAUGUGUGAUUUGUAAAGAAGAUAUAUUCGAUAUCUUACGAGAAGCGGAGAAAGAUAAUAAAGGUGGAAUGGAGGGUAGUUUGAGCUUGUGGGUAUGUGAGUUAGCAAGUUGUGGAGCAGUAUACUGUCUCUCAUGCGUUAUAAGAUGGACGACCGAACGCUCAGAAAUACAUUGUCCCUCAUGUACCAGGCCUUGGGAUGCUGUGACGAUGCAAUCGCAGAAGGAUAGUUAUGAAGAAAUGAAUUUUGAAUGGCACCAAUCCAAGACCUGA